AACAUGAGCCAACAGUUAGCGAUGUUGUUGGUGUGCAGGGAGCGAGCAAACAUGAGCCAACGCAUUGCGAAAGCCAAUAAAAUUGGUCAGUUUCAAAUUCAUUAAUUGUCACCCAAGUUUAGCUAGCAUAUCUAGAUCUUGACCAAAAUCAGACUUGUCUACACAGUCCUACACCUGUGGCUGUGCCGCUUCGGUUUCCUGUCUCCCAGUCCAACCACCCCAUUAAUCCACCUAAUUAACCAAAUUAAUUACUGAUAAUCACUGCUAGUAUUACCGCAUAAACCUCCACUGUUAAGUUACUUAACCUAAUUUCCCCUUUAAUCCACACACGUAACCGCAAGCGACCACGUCGAUCCAUCGAUUGGCUUCGCGCGCCAUAUAAAUUUGCUUCAAUUCACCGGAGAAGCCAUCAAACCAACCACCAUUGGCGCCAUGUCGAGCUCGAGCUUGACGACGACCAGCAGCAUGGACUCCGUCGUCGACGGCGGCCUCGACACGCGCCUCUCUCUCGCCGUCGGCUGCUGCCCGCCGCGGAGGAGGCCGGUGUUGCUGUUCGGUGAGGUGCUCCCGUCGCCGGAGAAGAAGGUGGCGGCGGCGGCGGUGGUGGCUGCUGGGAAGCGAGGCCGAGAGCAGAGGGGUGAGGCUGAGGCUGAAGCUACGACGACGAGGCAGCGGCGGAGCUGCAAGAAGGGCAGGAGGGGGAGGGGAGACGACGAUGACGACGACGGUGAUCGCCGGAGCCCGAGCGGCGGCGGCGGUGACGAGGAAGGCGCGAGCAGGAAGAAGCUCCGGCUCACCGGCGAGCAGGCCACGCUUCUCGAGGACAGCUUCCGCGCCCACAACAUCCUCUCCCAUGCGGAGAAGCAGGAGCUGGCGGGGAAGCUGGGGCUGAGCGCGAGGCAGGUGGAGGUGUGGUUCCAGAACAGGAGGGCGAGGACGAAGCUGAAGCAGACGGAGGCCGACUGCGACCUGCUCCGCCGCUGGUGCGACCACCUCGCCGCCGACAACGCCCGCCUCCGCCGCGACCUCGCCGAGCUGCGCCGCUCCUCCUCCUCGCCGCCGGUGUCCGGCCUCGCCGUGGCCACGCCCGUCGUCUGCCCCUCCUGCGCCCACGACGACAAGCGCCGCCUCGCCUUCGCCACCGCCGCCGCCGCCGCCGGCGACAUGGCCAGUAACUGAUCGAGCUGGGCUCCUGCUUGCCGGCCAUCACAAACACUGUUUAAUUAAUUAAUUAGACACGAACAAUUAUUUAUAUUAAGGUUGAUUUUGCUAGUACUAGUUUAGCUAGCUAGCUAGCUAGCUACCACGGGCUUAAUAAUUCGUUUGGAUUAUUGGGAAAAUUUUAUACUCUUUAUCAAUUAGGAACAUGAUUAAUUUUGCAUUUUUACUGACCAAUACAUAUGUUUCGUGUGUG